UGCGGGAAAGGGGAUUUGUUUACAUCUUAUUUGAACGGCUUGUGUCCACUUUCAGCGGUCUAGCGGUGGAUUUUCACGUGAAAACGGGGUCUAACUAAUCCAGGUACUUUGACGUCUGGAGAUCCUCUCUGUCAGUGUCCAUGGAGUCAGAGGGGACUGACUCCCCGCCCUCGGGCUUGGUGCCUGUAGCUGAGGUCGUCAACUCCAUCCGGGAGCGCACAAUCGCAGAGAACAGCAUGGUGGUCCUGCUGCAGGGUCUGCAGGGAGAGGUGACCACGGUGGAUCUGAGGAACGAGAGCACGGCGAGGGGCCGCGUGGUCAACGUGGACGCCUUCAUGAACAUACGUCUGGAGGACGUGCUGUACCGGGACAGACGGGGUAAACUCACCCAGCUGCAGGACCUGUUCAUCACGGGCAGAAACAUCCGCUAUGUCCACAUCCCAGACCACAUGGACAUAAUGAAGACCAUGGAGAGCCAGCUGGCCAAGAUCCACAGAGUCCGCAACUUCGCCAGUCAAGGUGGAGGCAGAAAAGAGUUUGCCAAGAAAAAAAAAUAAAACUUACUGGAUGCUGUGACUCCUUCAGACCUGCCGCAGAACUGUUCACAACUCAUGUACACCGAGGCAGCUGCAAUGACAGAUCACUGGAAAAAUAGGCAAAAUGGCCUUUCUGGAUUUUGUAUGACAAUUGUUUUUCAUUAUUAUCUGCUGAUUAUUUCCCUGACCAACUGAUUAAAGGAGACAUAUCAUGCUUUUUCUUGGGUUUUUUGCCUUAUAUAUAGUGUUACAA